AUGGCUUCACCGGAGGCUUCCGAGUGUCUGAUCUGUCGACUUCCGUUUGCGCACGCCAAUUCAAUUGACCGGACCGCAUGCCCUUUCUGCAACCGAACCUUUGGUCGGGUGGACGGCGCUCGACGGCACGCAAAGAACUGCCCAGCUAAGGGGAAUCGCCCUCUGCCGCCAGAAGCGAGGCGCGGUAGGAAGUUACACGCCUGUGACGCAUGUUCGCGUAUCAAGGUCUCGUGCAAUGCGAAGAUACCGUGCCAGAGAUGCUCCUCCCGAAAUCUGGCUUGCUCCUACGCACGUCUUUGCACGGAUCCAGCGCACUUACGGGGAUCCGGCCAGAAUAAAGACCGUCCACAACUCACCGGGACCUUCUCCGGGUUACGUUUCCUGCUUAACUGCACUGACCCAAGGGUGAAUUUUGUCAACGAUGUGCUGGUUGCUGGAGAACCGGAACGUGAUCCAGCGACGCCAGCGGCCUGGGAUCAGUGUUCCGUCAACAACGCAGGCCAUGACACCAUCGACCCGCAGCUUUUGUUUUUGAGCUUCAUCGAUCCAUCUUUCGGCUUGGAUUGCGAUGGUAUUUAUGACACUGGAUCUUUUGGAGAUGUAGCCAUAACGCUGCCUGCUACUCCAAACGACGGCCUCGCAGCACAAGUCUGUCUCUUGGAAGCCGACCUUCAGCAAUUGAUCGACAGCGAGUCAAACUUUCAGCACGUUACCUUCCAGGAUUCUUUCAAUGCGUUCUUUACUUGCACCAGUUUCCAUAGGCUCAUAACGUUCUUCUUCCGCAGGCAGCAGCUGCUAGCUAGGAUGAUACACUGGCCGACUUUCGACCCGAGCAAGGUAGACCCCGGUUUGCUCCUAGCAAUCGCCCUAUGUGGCCUGGCCUACUCCUAUAAGUCGGCAGAGUCUUUGGAAUUUGCUCCUGCCGUGGGGGUCAUACAGAAACUGGCAGAGAAAUAUAUCUUCAGACGGCUGAAGCAAUGUCAUGGUCGAGACCAAUCUCGCCUAGCGCUUGAGGGGUGUCAAGCUGCGUACCUGAUGAUCAUCCUCCAAAUCGGCGUAAACGACGGUGACACUCGUCAAAGAGCUAUUACUAAACGACAACCAGCACUCGUGGACGCUUUGAGAAGACUAGGCAUGUUAAAUAGCAAACCCUACUCGCCAACGCUGAAGACCGACUGGCAUGCCUUUGCGUACCGAGAGUCAUGCACCAGACUCGUGGCAUGGGCUUUCUUCACCGAUGGACUGCUGGCUCUUUUUUGCAAUAGCCCACCGAAUACGACGGUGUCGGAGAUGUCUGGCGAUCUCCCUUGCCGAGAUGAGUUGUGGGAUGCCGACUCUUCAACAAGCUUUGCAGCAGAGCAGAACGAAGGAGAACCGCUUUUGCAAUCUCCAUCCAUGAAGGAUAUAGUGGCAGCUUUGUUAGAUGACUAUUGGGAGGAUAACUCAACUGCUGCUUACCAAAGUCUGACCGUUUUCCAUCUCUAUGCUGCUAUUGGAGCAUUUCAGUUUGUACUCUUCAACUACCGGGCUAAUAUGCUGCCAAGGAGUUUUGGUUCCGUUUUGUUGCGCGCGUUAAAUCGGUGGGAGCGUCUGUGGUCCAUUGCCAUUAAUCAGGUUGCUCCUGGCCAACAAGGCUGGCUUGGUGUUGCGAAGUAUUCCCCGGAGUUUGCCUUGAUAUCAAGAAGGAUUGUCGAAGUUUGCAACACGGAAGAAGGAAGGCGCUCGAAAUACCUGCAAUGUACUGCAGAGUAUGAUCUCCAAGUUUUUCACGAGUUCAUGCUGCAGCAUGGUUCGGCCAAUACAGCUGCUACUACUAAACCGAGAGGCGCCUUGUAA